UCUCUUUUUCUCUGGUUCGGUAAACGAUUCCUCCGGUUUGUUAGUCUUCUGGCAUUUGAAGAUGAAAAGCUUUUCGGAUAACUUUCCUUCGGCUUCGAAUUUGAAACGCUGAUGAACUGAGCAGACUGAUAGAAUAAACUUGGUUUUAAAUAAGCGCAGCCCUCGGCGACCUCUCGUCUCUUCUCUGGGUUUAAGAAACGAUGCCGGUUAACAAAAUGAAGCAUCUCGGCCAAAUUUCCUCCUUGGGCUUCGAGUUUCAAAACUCAUGAAGAGAUAAUAAGCUGCUACUGCUAGCAACGAGAAGGAUGAGGCUAAAUGCAGCCAUUUCAGUCUUCGGGUCUGCAUCAAAACGGCAUCGUUUUCUUGUUCCCAUUACUGCACUCACUGUAAAGGCCGCGCCUUUGUCAUCUCAUGGUUUUGCUUCUACACCCAGUUCUUCUUCCCAGUCCACAUACUUUUACACAAUGAACAAGAAGAUAACUCAUUUUAUAAGGACUGGUCAGCUUAGCGAAGCGAGGGCGGUAUUCGAUAAAAUGGAACAAAGAAACACCAUUACAUGGAAUUCAAUGAUGAGCGGCUACGUGAAGCGAAGAGAGAUUGCAAAAGCACGGAAGCUGUUCGAUGAAAUGCCCGAGAGAGAUGUUGUUUCUUGGAAUUUGAUGAUUUCGGGUUAUGUAUCAUGUGGUGGGAUUGAUUUUGUGGACCAUGGGAGGCGCUUGUUCGAUGAAAUGCCGGAGAGGGACUGUGUUUCUUGGAACACCAUGAUUAGUGGGUACGCCAGGAACAGAAGGAUGGAUGAGGCGCUGAAGCUUUUCAAUAAGAUGCCUGAAAGGAAUGUAGUGUCAUGGAACGCAAUUGUUAAUGGGUUUCUGCAUAACGGUGAUGUUGGACGUGCCAUUGAGUUUUUCGAGACUAUACCCGAGCUGGACUCAGCUUCUUUGAGCACACUUGUCUCUGGGCUUAUCCAGAAUGGUAGACUAGAUGAUGCUACAAGGGUUUUGACUGAAUUUGGGAGAAGAUAUGAUGACAGAGGAGAUCUUUUAUUACAUGCUUAUAACACUUUGAUUGCAGGGUAUGGUCAGAAAGGAAAGGUAAAAGAAGCUCGACAACUUUUUGAUCAGAUUCCAGUUUUUCAUGACUCUGGAAAAGAAAUCAAUGGGAGGCUUGAAAGGAAUGUGGUAUCCUGGAAUUCUAUGAUCAUGGGCUAUGUGAAAGCAGGAGAUGUUGUUGCAGCUAGGGAACUCUUUGAUCAAAUGAGAGAGCGUGAUACUUUUUCAUGGAAUACCAUGAUCAGUGGCUAUGUUCACAUGUCAACUAUGGAAGAGGCGUUGAGUCUCUUUGAUGAAAUGCCAAACCCUGAUACACUGUCAUGGAAUAUGAUGAUUGCAGGAUUUGCCCAGACGGGUUGUUUAAAUCUCGCUCGAGGAUUCUUUGAAAGGAUGCCUCAGAAAAAUCUGGUGUCAUGGAAUUCUAUGAUAGCGGGGUAUGAGAAAAAUGAGAACCAUAGAGAAGCAGUUAACCUGUUCAUGCUCAUGCUAUCCCAAGGGCAGAAACCCGAUCGACAUACUUUAUCUUCAAUUCUCAGUGCGUCCGCAGGGCUUGUGGAUCUGUACCUAGGAAUGCAGAUACAUCAGCUUGUCAUAAAGACAACUAUUCCGGACGUGCCAAUAAAUAACUCCCUCAUUACUAUGCAUUCAAGAUGCGGGGCAAUAACUGAGGCAUGGAGCAUUUUUAAUGAGGUGAAAGUGCAAAAAGAUGUAAUCUCUUGGAAUGCAAUGAUUGGAGGAUAUGCGUCUCAUGGCUUUGCUACAGAGGCUCUUGAGCUCUUUAAAUUGAUGAAAAGUAAUAAAGUUCGACCUACUUAUAUAACAUUCAUUUCUGUGUUGAAUGCUUGUGCUCAUGCUGGAUGGGUCAAUGAAGGCCGGGAAUAUUUUAAAUCUAUGGUUGAUGAAUAUGGUAUUGCACCAAGGAUCGAACACUAUGCUUCCCUAGUGGAUGUUUUAGGUCGGAAUGGGAAACUUAAGGAGGCUAUGGAAUUAAUCAAUAGUAUGCCUUUUGAGCCAGAUAAUGCCGUGUGGGGGGCAGUACUGAGUGCUUGUAGGGUACAUAAUAAUGUAGAGUUGGCUGGAGUUGCAGCUGAAGCGUUGAUGAGACUUGAACCAGAAAGCUCAGCCCCUUAUGUGUUGCUGUACAAUAUGUAUGCUGAUGUGGGACGAUGGGAUGAUGCUAAUGAGGUUAGAACCAUGAUGGAAAGAAAUAAAAUCAAGAAGGAGAGGGCAUCUAGUUGGGUGGAUUCCUCCCAUCCAAUUGAUUGAUGCACUUGUACAAAUUGGAUAAGGGUUCAACUCCUUGACCUAACAAAGUUAUUCAAGCCACGGAUAGUUUGACAAUAGGAACAUAUUAAAUUGAUUCAAUCUCAAGUUUUGUAUAAAUGUAGAAAAAGAGUAAUGUGAUCCUAGAUGACUCAAAAUUAGUUCUAAUGAUACAAUGCCACAUCAAGAAGGAAGAAUCUCGUGAAAAUCAGGAUUCCCGUGCAAAAAUUACCCACAAGUCUGCAGCUGCACGGGAAGAAGGACAUGCAACACUCACAAUGCGCAAGCGCAAGCACAAGCACAAAGAUGCCGUACAUGCAUGCCGCACAACACGCGGACAUAGAUCCGUGCGUGAGAAAAAGGAAUUUUUACAAGUCCCGUACCAAACGAAAUGAGCCAAGUUUGUUCAAAGAAGGCUUAAAGCCCAUGAAGAGACCCGCACGCUUGGAGAAUCUCAAGGCAA